AUGCUAGAGGUGUUUUUGAAAAUUCAGUUGGUCAGGCAAGCAGAAUUACUGCUGCCUUCAGAAGGUUUGUGGAAGGAGCAUGUGUGCAAGGGAAUCAUGAGCGUGACACAGUGUGACAGAAUCGCGUCAGUUUCCAGAGAUGGAUCGUACUUGGCUGAGUUCCUGCUGGAAAAAGGCUACGAGGUGCACGGCAUCGUUCGUCGGUCUAGUUCUUUUAAUACAGGCCGGAUUGAACAUCUCUAUAAGAAUCCACAGGCUCACAUUGAAGGAAACAUGAAGCUGCACUAUGGUGAUCUCACAGACAGCACCUGCCUGGUGAAGAUCAUUAAUGAAGUCAAACCCAGUGAGAUAUACAACCUGGGAGCUCAGAGCCACGUCAAGAUUUCUUUCGACCUAGCAGAAUAUACUGCUGAUGUAGAUGGGGUUGGCACUUUGCGGCUCCUGGAUGCUAUUAAGACCUGUGGCCUUAUCAACUCUGUGAAGUUCUACCAAGCCUCUACCAGUGAGCUUUUUGGAAAAGUGCAAGAAAUCCCACAAAAGGAGACCACCCCUUUUUACCCAAGAUCGCCUUACGGGGCAGCAAAACUGUAUGCCUACUGGAUUGUGGUGAACUUCAGAGAGGCCUACAACCUAUUUGCUGUGAAUGGCAUCCUCUUCAACCACGAAAGCCCCAGGAGAGGGGCUAACUUUGUUACUCGAAAAAUUAGCCGAUCGGUAGCAAAGAUUCAUCUUGGACAGCUGGAUUGUUUUAGCCUGGGCAAUCUGGAUGCUAAGAGAGACUGGGGCCACGCCAGGGACUAUGUUGAGGCCAUGUGGCUGAUGUUGCAAACAGAUGAGCCCGAGGACUUUGUCAUAGCCACUGGGGAGGUCCAUAGUGUCCGUGAAUUUGUGGAGAAGUCAUUUAAACACAUCGGGAAAACCAUUGUGUGGGAAGGGAAGAAUGAAAAUGAAGUAGGACGAUGCAAGGAGACUGGCAAGAUUCAUGUGACAGUCAAUCACAAGUACUACAGGCCAACUGAAGUGGAUUUUCUGCAAGGGGACUCCACCAAAGCCAGACAAAAGCUGAACUGGAAGCCAAGAGUCACGUUUGAUGAGCUGGUGAGGGAGAUGGUGGAUGCCGACGUGGAGCUCAUGAGGAACAACCCCAAUGCCUAA